ACGAUCUCAUGCCCCCGCGUCAUGUUGCAUGUUGCAUGUCGCUAUCAGAGAGCUACACUAUACUAUAUACUAGUUAUAUACUAUCGACGUCAGUCGUACACACCUCUACGCCUCUACCCAACAUUUCAUCUGUAUAUUCUUGUCCACUACUCCGUCCGACCUAUUCUAAUAAUGGCUGAUCAAUUGACUGAAGAUCAAAUCGCGGAGUUCAAGGAGGCUUUCUCCCUGUUCGACAAGGAUGGCGACGGUAUCAUCACCUCGAAAGAGCUGGGCACUGUCAUGCGGUCAUUGGGACAGAACCCAACCGAGGCCGAAUUGCAAGAGAUGGUAAACGAGGUCGAUGCCGACGGCAACAACUCGAUCGAUUUCCCCGAGUUCUUGACCAUGAUGGCGCGAAAAAUGAAGGACACCGACUCGGAGGAAGAGAUCAUGGAAGCCUUCAAAGUGUUUGACAAGGACAAUAAUGGUCAGAUUAGUGCAGCAGAAUUGCGCCACGUGAUGACCAACCUUGGAGAGAAACUUACCGAUGAGGAAGUCGACGAGAUGAUCCGAGAAGCUGACCAAGAUGGCGACGGCCAGAUCAACUAUGCGGAAUUUGUCAAGAUGAUGAUGCAAAAGGUGAGUGAUCGGAUUUUCACACAAAAGCGACACCAUUAUGGCUAAAUCGAAAGCUUUCGCAGUAAUCGCUCGCGGCGCUGCCGUCCGCUCGCUUGGUACAGCAAGACACCGCCAUAGUGGUCAUGCUUUUAUUUUUUUUUCGGUUGGAAUAUUCGAUGUAAAUAGUCUUACUCUCAUGACAUGGAAUGCUGUGCGCAAUCGAGAUUACCAGGUACGACAAGUCUCCAAUCCGUAGGAUGAUAUUAUAUAUAUAUAAUAAAGGACGGAAAAGACAAA